AUGACGGACAAGGAACGCCACACAAUGUACCCAAUCGUUUGUCCCAGACGCUCCUACUCUGCGACAGCCACUGUCAGCUUCAGACGGCGUCCUCCAACCAUGGUUCAGAUCUCGAGCCUUUUGCUCCUUCACCGUUUUCAACCCUCUUUGUCCUACCGACUGAGCGCUGUGUCCUUCAACAACUACUCAACAGCAGACUGA